AUGGCAGCGACAACGGAAGAAAAGUUGCUCCAUCUCAUAACCGAAACACACUCUCCCAAUGACGGCACCCGCAAGCAGGCCGAACUGCACCUUACCCAAGCUCAGCGCAAUCCCGCCUAUCCCGUCUCAUUGGGAGCUAUCGCAUCACACGUGAAUGUCGCCCUUGAAAUUCGACAGAGCGCUCUAUUACUGCUGCGCACAUGGGUUGAGAGCUUUUGGAGUAGCAUCGACCAACAAGAUAGCGCAAGCCUCGGCCUAGUCCUCUUAGACGAUGGUAGUAAGGAACGCUUAAGGAACAACAUGCUAGCACUAGCGACGAGCGAGUUAUCCGACAGGAAAAUUAGGGUUGCUGCGAGUUAUGUGGUCACGAAAAUCGCCAAUGUUGAUUUCCCCGACCAAUGGCCGAGUCUACUUCCUACAAUAUUGCACCUCAUACCAAAUGCUUCAGACCUACAAUUAAAUGGUGCAUUAAAAGUAUUAUCCGAUUUAGUUGAGGAUGCACUCAGUGAAGACCAAUUUUUCACAGUCGCGAGGGACAUCCUCAAAGUUGUCUUCGAUGUGGCUAUCAACGAUGCUCGAAAACCAGUCCUACGCGCUUACGCUGUGUCAAUAUUUCGUGGAACAUUUGAUAUCAUGGAAAUGGUCAAGGACGAGCAUGGUCCAGAAGUCAAGGGUUUUGCUGACGAAGCUUUGUCAGUUUGCUUGCCACUUUUCCUAAGCGUUAUGAAAACACCUUUGCCCUCAAGAAAAGUUCCGGCUGUUGCUAAGAGCUGCGACGAUGAAAGUGGCGCAGUGCUAGAAUUUCGAAGAGGACUUAUUGCAUUAAAGUUACAAGUCGUAAAAACCCUUAUGAGGAUCCGUUCAGUAUUCCCUCAACUACUACUACCGCAGACACCAGUCUUCUUUUCGGAGACUUGGGCCGAACUAAACUUACUCGAAGAGGAAUAUCAGGAUAUGUACGUCAGAAAUGAGGAACAGGGUCGGCUGGAAGAUGCAGAUGGGCUACCAUACACUUUAGAUUUUUUGGUCUUGGAGGAGUUGGACUUCUUACAAUCCUGUCUUCGAGCUCCUCCUGUACAGAAGGAGCUUGGCCUCCAAAUACAACAGCAUUCGGGUGUCACUAAUACACCUUGGAUUCUUGAUGUCAUGAAGCUGGCAGUAUCGUACGCUCAGAUAAUAAAAGAAGAGGAAGAUCUAUGGGACAUUGAUGUGAACUUGUUUUUGGCGGAAGAGACCGGUGUCACUACAAAUUAUACAGCAAGAACUGCGUGUGGUGACCUUUUAAUUAAACUAGGAGAAUGGCUCCAUCAAGGUGCCUUGGAAGGACUGCUGGUAUUUACUCAACGGCUCUUUCCAGCCUCAACAUCAACUUGGCGGACGAGAGAAGCUGCACUGUACCUUGUCACACAAUUAAUGACUGAUUUUCUUGAUGUUGGCAAGAAAGUGGCACCUGAGAUUAUCAGAACAUAUUUUGAGCUGAUCGAGUUCUCCAUCAAUCGUACAGAUGAGCCUCUUCUUCGUGCACGUGGAUAUUUAGUCGCCGGAAUUCUCGCUCAGAGCAUUCCUGAAAUGCCUCUAACCCUCCUUAAUCGCACGAUAAAGGCUGUCAACAGUGACGAAUCCGAGGUUGUCAAAGUUGCUUCCAUCAAGUCGAUUCAAGGUUGGGCCAAGAUCAGUGUACAACCUGAUCAUCAACUCUUGAUAAUCAGCGCCCUGUCAGAGUACGUACAUGCAAAAGAUCUGACGGAUCUUGAAGAUGCAGAUGAUCUACUAAUUGCACUCGUCGAAACACUAAGAGCGGCUAUUAAUCUUGACCCUCGUAUUUCGAUUAAUGAUGGUACUGUUCUAGACCUCCUCUUUACGACAGCCAAGUAUGGAGCAGCAAACUUUCAGAUGACCAUGCUUGUAACCGAGACAUUUGAGGAUAUCGUGCAAAGUAUAUCUGGAACCAACCUUUACACCCAACUCUGCCUAAAAGUAUUGCCCUCGUUAACUGGUGCCUUUGAUGUCGGAAAUUUGACUGGAGAUGAUCCCUUAGUAGAGCUAGCCACAGAGCUACUUGCAGUUCUUACAGAGAAUGGAUCAGAGCCUCUGCCCUCGGGAUACGUUGCAGCUUCCCUGCCGAAGUUAAACCGACUCCUAAUGGCAACUUCAGAAGGGGGAGUUCUUCGUGCUGGUGCCGAAGCCGUCAAAUUUAUGCUUAUGCACGAUCAUCAACAGGUCUUUGCAUGGAGGGAUGAGGAAGGUAGAUCUGGCCUCGAGGUCUGUUUGGUACUUAUUGACAAACUCCUCAGCCCUUCAGUCGAAGAUAAUGCAGCCUCAGAAGUUGGAGGCUUAGCAGCCGAGCUAGUUGAGAAGGCUGGUCAAGGACGGCUCGGACCUUUUCUGGAGCAGCUGCUACGUGCCGUUGCUUCUAGACUAGCAACGGCUGAAGCACCACCGUUUAUUCAAUCAUUAAUAUUGGUAUUUGCUCGACUCUCAUUGACCGGUGAACAUGAUGUGGUGAAUUUCCUUAGCCAGAUUGAUAUCAACGGUAGCAAUGGUCUUCAAGUUGUUAUGAGCAAGUGGCUAGAGAACUCUGUUAGCUUUGCAGGCUAUGAUGAAAUUCGACAAAAUGUUAUCGCCCUCUCGAAGCUCUUUACUCUUAAUGACCAUCGUCUAUCACAGAUUAUGAUUCGUGGUGACCAAGUAUUGCCUGCUAGCGAUGUAAUUGUUACUCGUUCCCGAGCUAAGGCUAAUCCUAUCGAAUAUACUAUUAUCCCAGCCCCUCUCAAGAUCCUCAAAGUACUCAUCGAGGAGCUUCUGUCUGCUUCGGGUCACUCGCAAGCAGCUUCUAACCUUGUUGCCGCAGCUACGGCCGAGGAUGAUGAAGAUAAUGAUGAUUGGGAAGAUGUUCCUAACGCUCUGGAUUUCGCCAGCGCCUCAGCCAAGGCUGACAUGAUGUCUUUUACUGAGGCAAGUUUCACGCGCCAGCGUGAUGAUGAGACCCAAGCAUAUUUGAUGGAUUUUUUCUUACGAGCAGCUCGUGAGAAUAUUGGUGGGUUUUCAAGCUGGUAUCCUGGUCUGACUAUCGAAGAGCAGCAAAAGUUAGGGGAAGUUGCUCGUGUAGCUGGCGCACAACCCUAG